AUGAUUGAAGAUCUCCUGGCCGGGACAACAUUCAGUCGGGCCUCAGUAUGGCUUCUAGGCCUAUUCGUUGCCUUCUGCGUAUUCCGCAAGUUCCAAGCUUCAGCACAAAUCGCCCGUCUCGGUGUCAGAGCUCCCAAAAUUGGGUUCCGGCUCCCAUACGCUCUGGAUUUCAUCUUCCAAGGCUACCAAGCCAAUCAAGUGAACCGCGAUCUAGAGUUCUGGGAUGCAAAAGUCGGCCAAGCAGGCGGCCUAACAAAUGUGAAGACAGCCGAGCUGGACGCUGGCAUUUCCACCCGUAUGGUCAUCACCAAGGACCCAGAAAAUAUCAAGGCACUACUCACCGGCCAGUUCGCCGACUACGGUAAGGGUGAGCCCUUUCACCGGGAUUGGAAGGAGUUCCUUGGCGACAGCAUCUUUGCCACAGAUGGAGAACUAUGGUCUCGCUCCCGCCAGCUCAUCCGUCCCAUGUUCGUGCGUGACCGCAUCGUCGACACAGAAAUCUUCGAGAAGCAUGUUCAGAAACUCAUACCGCUUCUCGGCGGCAGCCACUCACCCAGCAGCAGUAAGAUAGUGGACGUCGGAUCACUCUUCUUCCGAUAUACACUCGACGCAGCAACGGACUACCUACUCGGCCAGGGUACAGACAGUCUAGAUAACCCGGCAACGCGAUUCGCCGAAGCGUUCAGAUACGUGCAACAGCGCCAAGCGGAGUACUUCCGUUUCGGCUGGGUCAUGUCACGCACCGAAUUCCGCAAGAACCUUAAGAUCAUGGACGAGUUCAUCCAGCCCUACAUCCAAACCGUCCUCGCUCACUCAGCCGACGAACUUAACGAGAAGUCCACAAAGCAGGAGACAUUCCUCGACGCCCUAGCCAGUUUCACCCGUGAUCCCCGCGUCCUCCGCGACCAACUCGUCGCCGUUCUCCUCGCAGGCCGCGACACAACAGCCGGCACACUCUCAUUCUGCCUCUUCGAGCUCUCGCGUAACCCAGAAGUUGUCGCCAAGCUACGCGGCGAGAUCCGCAAUAGACUUGGCGUCGGCGCUAACGCGCAGAAACCCAGCUACACCGAUCUCAAGGAGAUGAAGUACCUCAACGCAGUGCUGCACGAGACGAUGCGUUUAUAUCCAGUCGUGCCAUUCAACGUGCGCUAUUCUCUACACGAUACGACGCUUCCACGUGGCGGCGGGCCGGACGGGCUAGCCCCUGUGGGUGUGCGUGCAAACUCGCGGGUUGUCUACUCGACGAUGUUAAUGCAGCGGGAUCCUGAUCUGUAUGACGGCCCUGGAUCGAAGAACUACUUCGAUCCUGGGAAGUGGAUUCCUGAGAGGUGGGUUUCGGGCUGGCAGCCCAGGCCGUGGCAUUUCAUUCCGUUUAAUGGUGGACCGCGGAUUUGUAUUGGGCAGCAAUUUGCUAUUAUUGAGAUGGGGUACACUGUCAUUCGGAUUUUGCAGGCUUACGAGCGCAUUGUUGCGCUGCCGGUUGGUGGGAAAGACAAAGUUGAAGAUCCGGUGCUUCGGUUUGAAGUUACACUCAGUCCGGGCUCCGAGUUGAAUUGCGUUUUCCUCAAGGAGGGUGAAGAGGCUGCGCACAGUGCCGCUAAGGCAAGAGUUGUCUGA